AUUCAACGACGAUUUCAUCACAAAGCGCAUAGACGCACGGAACCCACAGUCAUUCCAGAUCAACACAUACGUUCAUGUCAUCACCACGACGGAGAAGAACGACAUAUAUCCCAUAUCAAUGGUCAACGAGCAGAUCGAAGCUAUGAAUCGGGCUUUCGCGCCUUCCUUCACCUUCUACCUCGUCUCGGCCGACCUAACAACGAAUGACAUCUGGGCAACUCAUGAUGAUGAUGACUUUGAGCUUGAAUACAAGUCGCUCUUGAAGAGGGGUCACGGCUACGGCGAGCUCGAUCUCUACUUCUUAAGCGAUCUCGGCCGAGCUACUCAGUCAACCCUGCUCGGCACUUGCUACAUGCCAGGAGACAGCCCAUCCGAAGAGGAAGUCAUGCUAGACGGGUGCACAAUACUCGCCGGAACGAUGCCGGGAGGAGAGACAGAGAGAUACAAUCUGGGAGCCACGGCCAUCCAUGAGACCGGACAUUGGCUCGGUCUCUACCACACGUUUCAAGGCGACAGCUGCGACGGACCGGGCGAUUUUGUCUCGGACACGCCUAAGCAGAGAGUAGCCACAGACGGCUGCCCAGCACACCAAGAUACCUGCUCGGGAGAUCCAGGCCUCGAUGCAACGUACAACUAUAUGGAUUACAGUGAUGACCGCUGUUUGAGCGAUUUUACUCCACUGCAGAGAGUGCGGAUGCUACACUCAUACGGCGCGAUGCGCUGGCGCAGAUAG